AUGAACGAUCUUGUUUGCAAGUUCUGUGGCUGUUACGAGGCUGCAACAAGACAGAAAACAAGUGGUCAGAGCGAGGGUGAUGUGGUUAAAAUGGCACACCAGAUCUUUUACAACGAUCAUAAGAUUAAGUUUAAUCUUCACCAUGCUUGGGAGGAGCUAAAAAAUGACCAGAAAUGGAUAUCCGUUGCGACUGCUAAGCUUGAUGGACGACAAUCAUCAAGCGCUAAGAAGAGAAGGUUUGAGGAUGUUGGGCAAGAGGCAAGCUCGCAAGCAACCACGAAUGGUGAUCACCCUGCCAAACGUCAUGUUGGUGUGAAGGCAGCGAAAGAAGGAGGUGGUAAGAGACCUAUGGGUGAUCAACUGAGUGCCUCAGAAUUCCAGGGAAUGUGGUCUCUCAAAGAGAAAGACUUGGCGGCUAAAGAGAGGCUUAAAAAGAUGGGUCUGCUGGAGAGUCUCAUUGCAAAGAAAGAGCCCUUGUCUCAGUUUGAGGAAGCACUGAGGGAUAAGCUAAUUACAGAGAUGUUGGGUUAA